CGCGAGUUCCCCCUCUACUCUCUGCCGACCCAACCUCUAACCAUGGCAGAUCCCUUCACUAAUUUCUUUAAGGUUAUCCAGACCCACUAUCUUUUCUCCGGCAACCCAUCGCCGCCACCAGUUGCCAUCACCUCCGACUUGUACCAUGGACACACCAACACGUACCUGCCUCCCCAGACUCCCUCUCCCCCUCUGAGAGAGGCGCUCCCUCUCCUCAGGCUCAGCCCCUCGAGGCACCAAGGGAGGGAGGAUAACAACUCUUGCACUGCCUUUGGUGAAGGAGGGAAGGACAAGGCCAUGGUGACGGAUGGAGAAGUCGACGCUGAUGCUGUGACCGUUGCUCUCCACAUCGGUCCUCCCAGCCCAUGUGCAGUUGAUUUGAUAUCGAGAAUAUCUUCGACUUCAGAGGAUAAUAUUGGACGCAAGGAAGGAGAAGGCAGCGAUGACGACGACGACGAUGACGACGACGAUGUGGUUCCCUUAGGGUACCCGUCCAAUCCCAUAGGAAGGAUUAACAAGGGACAGUAUUGGAUUCCCACCCCUUCUCAGAUCCUCCUUGGUCCGACCCAGUUCUCUUGCCCCGUUUGCUGCAAGACCUUCAAUAGAUACAACAACAUGCAGAUGCAUAUGUGGGGUCAUGGAUCACAGUAUAGGAAGGGGCCAGAGUCUCUAAGAGGCAUCCAGCCGACGGCGAUGCUGAGGCUUCCAUGCUACUGCUGUUCCCCCGGUUGUCCCAACAACAUCGACCAUCCCAGAUCGAAGCCAUUGAAGGACUUCAGGACCCUCCAAACUCACUACAAACGGAAGCACGGAAUCAAGCCCUUCAUGUGCCGGAAGUGCGGCAAGGCCUUCGCCGUUCGGGGUGACUGGAGGACCCAUGAGAAGAACUGCGGCAAGCUGUGGUACUGCAUCUGCGGCUCCGACUUCAAGCACAAGAGGUCGCUCAAGGACCACAUCAAGUCCUUCGGGCGAGGGCACGCCGCAUACGGCAUCAACUGCUUGGAGGAGGAGGAGGAGCCGUUGUCGGAGAUCGAACAAGACGGCGUCCAAUCCCACAAGGGAAGGUAACAACAUGGUCUUAGUGAUGAUGAUCGAUCGAACUGGCUCUACGGUUAAAUUUGGUAUUGGUGUACAAUUAUAUCAUGCCAAGAUACAAGAAACAAUGUGGGCAUAAUAAUAAUGCCUGGUAAAUGGAGAGUCGUGCAUCGUAGCAUCUCUUUUGCUUCAUGCUUGUUUUAUGUUUCCUAGCUUAAUGGAUUGCUGUUCUUAAGCCUGCUCAAGUUAAUUAGCAUGUAUAUACCAUCAUUGUUACUUUCUUGCUC